AUGGUGAAUAGAGUCUUUCGGGAGCUGAUUGAAAAUGUCAUAGAUGCCUAUGUCGACGACAUGGUAGUGAAAAGUGUCAAGACAAUCGAUCAUGUGGCUUGUCUACAGAAGGUAUUUGAUGUGGUCCGACACAAUAACUUGAAGUUCAACCCGGAGAAGUGUGUCUUCGGUAUUGCCAGCGGGAAGUUCCUAGGCUUCAUGAUCACCCAAAGAAGAAUUAAGACUCAAGAGUUCAAAGAAUCACUGGAAUCCUUAAAAAAGUCACUACAGCGGCCUCCAAUUCUGACCAACCUAUGCUCGGGUGAUGUACUAUGUCUCUACCUUGUGGCAUCACCACGGGCAGUUAGCGCCGUUCUUGUGAAAGAACUCCCAAAGGCACAAAAAUCAAUCUACUACGUCAGUCAGGUCCUUAAAGGCACAGAGACAAGGUACAGUCUGGCCGAACAGCUGGUGCUCGUGUUGAUUGUUGCAGCAAGGAAGCCUAGACCUUACUUUCAAUCCCAUGCAGUGCAAGUAAUAACUGACCAACCUAUCAAGCAGAUCCUACAUCGACCGAAAAUCUUCGGGAGAUUACAGAAAUGGGCGAUCGAAAUAAAUGAGUUUAACAUUGAAUUUAGGCCCACAACAGCCAUCAAAGCACAGGGAUCAGGAGCAGGAAUCAUAAUAAUCGGACCAGACUCUGAAGAAUUGGAAUACUCGCUGUGCUUUGAGUUCCUUGCUACCAAUAACGACGUCGAAUAUGAGGCAGUCAUCACAGGCUUAGGUUUGGCAACAAGGCUGGGAGUGGCUUCAGUAGAGGUAUGUAGUGACUCAAAGCUAAUAGUAGGGCAGGUAUCAGGAGAGUACGAAGUAAAGGAUGGGAGGAUGGCAGGAUACCUAAUUAAAGUAAGGGAUUUGCAAAGAGGGUUCGCAAGCUUUAAGAUGGUGAAGGUCUCACGAAGAGAUAAUGAGCGCGCAGAUUGCUGGGCCGAGGUGAAGAAUAUUGAACACGAGGAAAGUUGGAUGGAUCCGAUAAUUAAAUAUCUAGCAGAAGAUAUGGUGCCGAAAGACCCCCUAGAGGCGAGGAGAUUGAAAGCUCGAGCAACUUCAUUUACCAUCAUCGAUGGACAACUCUACAAUCAGGGUUUUACCUUGCCAUAUCUGAAAUACAUACGCCCGUCGAAGCCAAAUAGAUACUGUUUGAGGUACAUGCCGGGACCUGUGGUAACCACCAGGGGACAACUACCUUUUCCUUCAAAAUUCUACGUCAGGGAUACUAUUGGCCAACUAUGA